GUCAGCUGACUGGCACCGCCUCUGCCCGCCGUCACAACAGAGAGCUGCCUGCCUGACAGCUAGCUAGCAGCCGAGGUCCUGCUGUCGGACCGCCGUGUGUUAUGUUUCUCGGAGCCAGGACCGUAGUCGGAGGUUUGUGCACCACCAGCUCAUGGCGGCUGAAAUUCAGCCUCAACCUCAGGCUCGGAAGCCUUGCCUCCUGAGCAAAAUCGAUGCUUUCCAGGAGGUGGUGAGCACAGCGGUGAUAAUUCCCAAAGAAGACGGCGUUAUCAGCGUGUCUGAAGACAGGACUAUUCGGGUAUGGUUGAAGAGAGACAGUGGUCAGUACUGGCCCAGCAUCUACCACACAAUGCCAUCAUCAAGCUCCUGUAUGUCCUUUAACCCGGAGACCAGGAGACUAUCUGUGGGGAUGGACACUGGGAGUAUCUGUGAGUUUGUUCUGUCAGAAGACUACAACAAGAUAACCCCAGCACGCACCUACCAGGCUCAUCAGGGCAGGGUGACGGUGGUGCUGUUUGUGCUGGAGAUGGAGUGGCUGCUGAGCACGGGGCAGGAUAAAAGCUUCACCUGGCACUGCUCAGAGAGCGGCCAGCAGCUGGGGACAUAUCGCACCGCAGCCUGGGUCUCAGGACUACAGUUCGACGUGGAGACCAGACACGCCUUCGUAGGGGAUCAGUCUGGUCAGGUGACCAUCCUGAAGCUGGAGCAGGACAUCUGCAGCCUGGUCACCACCUUCAAAGGACACACUGGUACCCACACACAAGCACCUAGUGUCCUAAUUGAAGCACAAAUGAUUAAUUUCUUGAAAUGUGCGUUUCCACAGACCCCAGAAUGGCUGGACAGCGACUCCUGUCAGAAGUGUGAGCAGCCUUUCUUCUGGAACUUCAAACAGAUGUGGGACAGUAAGAAGAUCGGCCUACGUCAGCACCACUGCAGGAAGUGCGGCCAGGCAGUGUGCGGCAAAUGUUCGUCCAAACGCUCCACCAUCCCCCUCAUGGGAUUCGAGUUCGAGGUGCGCGUGUGUGACAGCUGCCACGAGUCCAUCAGUGACGAGGAUCGAGCACCCACAGCCACCUUCCACGACAGCAAGCACAGCAUUGUUUACAUGCACUACGAGCCCACCACUGGGAAUCUGCUCACCUCUGGCACUGACAAGAUCGUCAAGCUCUGGGACAUGACUCCUGUGGUGUCCUGAGAUCUGUGGAUAACAAGCAGUCAGCAGAAAUCUCUGUUUGACAAACUGUCGAGGUGCCAGUGCCACUGGGAAGAGAAACGGGGUGAGAGCUCCAGCAGGAUCGAUGUCAUCUGGAUAAUAUUUAGCAGUUUUUUAACGUGCAGCGGUGGCUGUUGAACAUUUACAGCGAGGACACUGCAGGCCAGUGAAGCCUGAGAACCAUACAGGCUUUGUUUGCCGGUGGAUUGCGGGUCUCUCUCUGUGCAUGUGUGUCUGUACAGUGUGCGAAAGGUUGAGGCAUUUCCCUUUGUAAGUUAUCGACACACCUCAUUUACUUAAUUUCCACGCAUUCCUUUCCAGUUUCAAACUGGAAAUUCAUGAAACAGUCUUAUGAAACCUGCUUGCACUGCGGGAACUUGUCAAACCCAGACUUUACUUUCUGUAGAUGUGAAGCACCUUGUUAAACAGACCGGCGAAAUCAAACCUGCGUUCCUACUGAACUGGCUGCAGAUCCUUAACAAAACAGGAGCUUGUGAUUUUCAUUUGCACCAGCAGCUGUUCAGACCUGCACGUGUUGUUUUUUACCUUCUGCAGACAGAAUUUAAACGUGACGCUGCUUUUAUUAUAUUCCAUUCAACAUUAGGUACCUGCCACCUGUUAUAGUGACAACCUAAACUGACCUGUUUAACACCAAAUGUCGUCUUUUUGGCAUAACAUACUGACACAACCCUCAGACACUAGGCUUUGUUGUCUGUAUAUACAGGCUGAUAAUACAAAAAAUGUUUGUAGUUGAAAUAGCAGCAAAGCGUGAGCCUCCAAACUGCCCAGUUCUCUCACAAACUUAGUUUCAUUUAGGUUUUCCCAACUAUUUCAUUUAUUUUAUUGUUUUCGUAUAAUCAUCAACGCAGCAUGGCACUCACACGUGUCCUAAGAGCAGAAAAUACAACAUGUUCAUAGUAAGCACUGAACAUUUGGGUGUUUUACAGGUUUAAAUGUCAAAAAUAGAACCUAAAAUAAAAAUAGCCUCGAGCAGUAAAAAAUAAAUAAAACAUGUGUCACUCGUGUAGAUGUUCUAGUUCUUGCCUGUAAAUGCUGCUCGUGAGCAUUAAUGUCUGCAGGUGUGCUGUUUCUCAGGUGCUUCACAUCACUCACUGUGUGCGCUUAUUAUACAAAUCAUGUUUUGUUUUUGUUUUUCGUCUGGUCUGACCUGACAGUAUCAUCCGAGGGAGACUUUUUCUUAGGCUGCAACACCCGAUAUCAAGCACUAGAGGGAAGAAGUAGCAUAAAACGCUUAAAAAAACCUGCAUAAACUACAUUACCUACAUUAGGAGCUUUAUGUCGUCUGUACUCUCUGUAAUGCUGGUGUGCAAACACACGGAGGCCUCAGAUGUAGAUGCACCCAGUCCACUGAGUGUUCAAAGACUGGAUAUCAUGCAGACCUCGUGGCGUUUUCAUACUGGUGAUGCUCUUUGGUUUGCAACCUCACCGCGCUUCUGUAUCAUGUCAGAACAAGCAAAUUUGUAACAAAUUGACAGUAUGAGCAAGAAAUCCAAAGUUUACAAGGUUGGGAAGUUUUCAAGGAUACUAAUGAUACUGCAGACUCUUGUUGUAGUGUAAGCACACACAGUGUUUAUCUCAACCCACUGAUGUGCAGAGCGCACCUUUCAGAUUGUGUAAUCUAGCAUGAAGCCAGCUGACAUUUUCUACUUCCUGUCCUUUACAGCAGAACUGUUUUCUGAGAUUAUUUAUUAUUGUAAGUGUGGUUUAAACGUUUUUUGACAUUCAAAAGCACAUAUCAUCAAGCUCGUCAGUGGCAGCAUGCACGUGUACCAGAAUAGAAAGUAAGCUAACGAACACGGCGUUGAUUUGUCCCCAUUGUUACUGUUUUUUAAACGUCUCAAUACUGACUGACUUUACUGUCGAUGCACUGGAAUCAACAAGCAAAAACAUCUCAAGUUCAUGCUGUGAAGACUAAGUAUGUCUUUAGUUAUCGUUACACUUGUGCUUUAAUGAUCUGCUCAGCCGAUAACUAUUAAUGUUCGUACAGUUCAAGCCCAAAGAUGAGAUUUUCUACAACUACAGAACGAUCACUUUACAGCCACGAAUAAAAGUAUAGCAGCUGUUUACUUGUGAAUGUGAAACUUUGGGUACUAAGACUUUAAAGGUCCUUACCAGUGUUUCAGCUCCGUUAUAGAAAUGGUGUCAUUUCGAAUGCACAGCAAGCUCAUUUAUUGUCACUCUGUAUUGAAUCUAAUGUAAUGUGGUGCCUGCGUGGAACAGGAGUACAAAAACAUCCAAAGAACUGCAACAAAGCAGCUUUUUUCUUUGCUGGCAUCAUGUGAAGUGCACGUGGAAGUGAUAAUUGGUGCAGUCUGGGUUUUCACAAUGAUGUGAGAACCCAGACUGCACAGGAGAUGCACGUCUUUCUAGAUACUAAUACAGGAUUUCUGCAUUCAAAAUGAAUGGAUGCAAUAAAUCCGUCUUUGGCCAGUGGUCUGUGUUUCUGUCCCAGGAAAGAAAACAAUUGUUGUUGUGUCCUUCAAUGUAAUUAUGUGUAUAAAUUACAUAUUAAAAGAGGAGGUAUUCACCUGCUCAACUAUAUUUGA